GCCUGGCCGGCCCUGCUCCUCAUUGGUCGUCACCUCGGCGGGAGGGCGGCUGGGCUCGCGCACCUGCCAUCGCCCCUCCGCGGGCAGAUUGGCGACUGCGGGACACUGGCGCCCAGAGACAGCAGCACGCGAGGGCAGGCCUGGGGCUCGGCGGAUCUCCUUGCAGCUGGCCCUGUCCUUUCGCCACUGCGGCCCCGGCUGCGCCCGCGGGAAACUUUGCCUGGUGAAGUCGUCUGCCCUCCUGGCCACACCGUGACAGUUCACCUAACGCCCCCCGGGGCCCCGCACAGCGCGCGUGAUUGCCACGCCGUCCCGCACAGUGCAUCCGCGGCGCCGGGCCGCCAGGAUGCGCUACGCAGACCCCUCGGCCAACCGGGAUUUGUUGGGGAACCGAACUUUGCUCUUUAUUUUCAUCUGCGCCUUCGCCUUGGUGACCUUGCUGCAGCAGAUCCUGUACAGCAGGAGCUACAUCAAGAGAGGCCUCCAGUUUGCUUGGCAGAGGGGCGACCAGCAGGCCAAUUGGACUGGGCUCUUUAAUGACAGCGACAGCCCAUCAGAGCAGAGCAUCAGUGACUUCAGAUCCAGGUACUUUGAAUUUUACAAGGGGCCUUUAGAAUUUAACUCCACGAGAUGCAUGGAACUGAGGCAGGAGAUCCUGGACGUGAAGGUGCUAUCCAUGGUGAAGCAGUCUGACCUGUUUGACAGAUGGAAGAGCCUCCAGAUAUGCAAGUGGGCAAUGGACAGUUCCGAAGCCAGCCUGUUCAAGUCCACCUUGUCCAGGUGCUGCAACGCCCCUGUCUUCCUCUUCACCACCCAGAAGAACACUCCAGUAGAGACGAAUCUCAGGUAUGAGGUGGACUCCAGUGGUUUCUAUCACAUUGAUCAGGAGAUCUUCCAUAUGUUUCCCAAGGAAAUGCCCUACUACCGAUCUCAGUUUAAGAAGUGUGCUGUGGUGGGGAACGGAGGCAUCUUGAAGGACAGUGGCUGUGGGAAGGAGAUCAACAGUGCCGACUUUGUCUUCCGGUGCAACCUGCCCCCCAUCUCAGGGGAAUAUGCCACAGAUGUGGGAGAGAAGACAGAUGUAGUCACCGUGAACCCCAGCAUUAUCAUUGACAGGUUCCACAAGCUGGAGAAGUGGCGGAGGCCCUUCUUCAAAGUGCUGCAGAUAUACAAGAAUGCCUCGGUGCUGCUGCCCGCGUUCUACACCGUACGCAAUACCCUCGUGUCCUUCCGCGUCAAGUACCUGUUGGAUGACUUCGGCUCACAGCAGCAGGUCUACUUCUUCCACCCAUUGUACCUGUCAAGUGUGUCGCGCUACUGGCUCAGCCUGGGUGUACGCGCAAAGCGAAUUAGCACCGGCCUCAUCCUGGUCACCGCAGCGCUGGAGCUCUGUGAGGAGGUGCACCUGUUCGGCUUCUGGGCCUUCCCCAUGAAUCCCUCAGGCUUCCACAUUACGCACCACUACUAUGACAACGUCAAGCCCAAGCCCGGCUUCCACGCCAUGCCCUCUGAGAUCUUCGCCUUCCUUCACUUGCACAGCCGCGGCAUCCUCCAUGUACACACAGGCACCUGUAAUUACGGCUGACACAGACCCAUCACGGGGUCUCAGCUUCCAUCUGUCUCCCUCCAGGACUCCCUGGCCCUGACAUUGUUGCUCCCUAAGGUUUUAGGGUUUGUGUUUGGGUCCUGGGGAGGACAGAACCCAUGCAAAGUCAGCUCUAUCCUGAAUCUCCAUCCUGUGCCUCCAUUUAGCUGCUGGGCUGCUCUCCAAGAUCAGGACCUCAUAAGCACAUUUUCACUCAGUUUCAACUUCCCAGAGAACACAAACUAUAGUGGCCGGCUUGCAGCUCAGUCAGGCCCUGCUGAUAAUAGACUAGUGGGUAAGAUAUUCACUUAACAGGAGAGAGCACAGUCCAGGUCUCAUUUGGACAUUUGGCUGCCCAAGUUUCAUACCAGGGACUCAGCCACGAAUCACCAUCUAAAAUCUCAGGGCUCAGAGGCUAGCCCUUCUAGGGAACAAACAGUGGCCAAGUGUCCUGGUCUACCUGACUGAACCCAAAAGGCUUCAGGGAUAUCUAAUCAAGGCCCUUGUUAGCAUCACCCCAAGACUCCAGUAGCUGAGAGCCAUGCCCCCUUGAAACAGUCCUCGGACACACACAGCCUUGGUGCCUCUAGGUUCCAGCAUUUAACCUUUGACAAGAAGGAAAUAAACCAGACCAGCCAUCUGCACUAAGAUCUCCAAGCCAAUGUUAUCGACUCAGUAAGUGCUUAGCAAUUUGCCUCCUGUUCUGUCUCCCUAUUUUCAGCUCCAUUUUAAUCAAGAGUUAUUUAUAAAGAUCUGUUCCUCUUUAUGUUCCUGACGACUGCAGAAUCUUGUUAAACUGUUCCCGAAUAGGAAAUCGUCAGAUGGAAAGCUCCUUGUCACCUGAGCCUAGUGGAUGGCAGCUAGUUGGGGCUUUGACAUCAACCUCCCUGCUGCUUCUAUUGUCAAGGUGGCACACACAGGGCGUAUGACUGAUGUCUUCAGACACAGGAUCCACCAGGACUGGGGCUAGGAACCAAGCUGUGCCUAGGCUGAGAGUUCAUACAUCAUCUGCAUCUGAAAUUCCUUCCAGUCGAUUCCUCUCAUCUCUUUCCACCCUAAGUGUGACGACGGUGCCCAUUGUCACGGUUGGUGGAUUGCCUUGUGGAACUGUGGAUCAUGUGUGGAAGGCUUUAGCCUGAAUGCUCUCCCUCUGUCUUCUCCCCUCCUCAUCCUCUUCCUCCCCCAUCCUUCCUUUCUUUCCUCCUUUAGACAUUUCUAGAAAGCCUGUUCUGAUCUGGUCUGUGUUUAGGUUGGGAACGACUCCUUGACAGAGAUGUCAUCUUUGUGUUCUGCAGAGAAGCAGGACGGACCACAUCUACACUUCAGCCUGGCAUGCCACUCAGAGGAGCAGCUGUGAGAAAGCCACACCCAAGCCAUUCACACGACCUCACUCUGUAGGAAUCAGGACAGACCCGGCUGAGGAGACAGCUGGCCCAGGCUUAUGGCCUGCUUGAGCUUCCUCCUCUGAGGACUUUCUGAGCCUGCUUCCUCUGGGCUCUGGCCUGUAGGUGCCCAGAGCUCAUUGCACACCCAGCUGUCUGAGUACUGUCUUUCUGAGUUCCGACUGACUGUGGAGGCCCGGGAUGCCCUGCAGGGAUGUAAGGUCACGGAGCAGCUGCAGAAGCACACAGGACCACACACAUUGGUAAACCAGGAGCCACCACACAAGGACAGGAAUGCUUAUGGCUUUCUGGACUCUGGCUAUUUCUGCCAAGGAGGGAGUUCUGAGAAUGAUCCAAAUGAACUGAAUCCACACCUAACCAAAUCCAGUUCUUAAAACCAUGUAAUGUCAGAACUGCAAGGUUCACCAAGACAGAUUUGUCCCACUUAAGGAGACAUGCCUAAAGAAGUGACGUCAGUGGUCAGAAUAUCUGCCAGGGACAAAGCCCUGUACCUGGGGAAUAGGUGUAUUGCAGGUGGGCAAUAGCCUGGCCAGACACCAGGAUCUUCCUAGCUGAGAGUGCUUAGAACCUGACCUAGCAGGAGCCCCCACAGAAACUGGGAAUAGCACAUCUAGAUCCAUCCCAUGACCAUAUAUGAGGGCCUUAGGCCAUCCUCCUGGCUUUUGGUGGUACUCUGCCUGUGGAUUUCAAGGCAGAGUCCUUCUGUCCCUCAGGGUGUCAGUUUCCUUAUCUCUUCAAAUAAAGGCUUAGAAAGGACUCAUAGGCUGUCUACAGUGACAGCUGGGGGGACACCCACAAUGUGUGGAUCUAACCCAGAAAUAGUGUUUACUAUUAAAACUGCUGUGUCAUUAUACAACCCUGUGGCAGCCCUAUACUGCCUACUUUCCCCAUUUGCCACCCUAUCCUGUCAUCACCACAAGACCCCUUCAGGUAAAGAGGCUAUUAUGGUACAGGUGAAGCCUGAGACUUCACAACUCAGGCACUUGCUCAUGGCCAGACCUCCAGGGCAGGGCUCUGCAGAACUCUCCGGACUGCACUCCAAACCUGGGGCCCCGGAGGUAGCCUCUGCUUGCCAGCGCCUCUCUCCAGCUCCAACCUCUAUACCAGUCAUGCAGUUGCCCUGGAGGAGAACUAAAGGGAUCUCUAUAUUUGGAGCAAGGAGAAACGCUUGAAAAGGGUCCAUGCUAAGUGACAGCAUGAGUGACUUGCCCCAGUCACCUAUGGCAAGCAAGAGGCUCACCUGAGCCUCACCCAGCCUCUUGACUUUCAGACCACAUGCUUUCUGCUGUAUGUGUAAUAUUUAUCAAAGGCCUAGAGAGACCUGGAUAUUGAUUUGGGGACCUCUCUGCCCCAUCACAUCACUCAAUACAGACUAUGAGUUAAAUUCUAAUUUAGAGACAUCCAUUCCCCUAAGAACCAAGCUGAUAUCGUGUCUCCUUUGUGUUAAAUGCAUCUCUAGUCUUGAAAGGUGGCAGCAGCAGUAGCAGUAGCAGCAGUAGCAGCAGCAGCACCACGUAGGUGACUCAGGGCUUAGGCAGGCAGAAAGGGAGGAGGCUCAAGGUCAGGCUACAUUCUGGAAUCUUCUAAUGCUGCUGCUACCAUAUUUCUGCUCACACUUGGAGAUGCGUGGAACAACUCUAUAUAUCCUGAGUCUGGGAAGUAAGCAGAGGCUGCAGAACUUCCUAUUGACUUCAGCCAUGUGUUGCUGUGUGCUCCUUGUGCCAGGGGAGAUGUGAGGGUUGAAGAUGCCCUUCUGGUACUGACCAGAAGUGGAUGCACCAAUGCUAAAAGAAGCCCAUCUCAAGCACUCACAGGAGCUGUGUGUAUGGCUUUCAAGACCAUGUUCCCAGUUAUCAGGGAGAGAAGGAGGGAAAAAAGGAGGAAGGACAGAAAGGUCAAAUCUGGGUCCUGAAGGUUAGCAGCAUACAUUGCCAAAGAGACCUCUGCCUUAGUCUCAUCCUUGACAGUCAUGUAACACUUGACAAGGUCGGCCCCAGGUCCCCUCUUCUUUCCUGCUCUGUUCUUUAGGACAUAGCCCAGCCUCUUAGUGUCUCUCUGCGGGUUCUCCAUCACUCACCCUUGGUGACACUUUCCCGGGGCUUUCUAAACAGCAGCACUUCUGCUGAGACCACAUCUCCCGAGAGUCACCAAUCCUUGCUGUCCCCACCUGCAGGCUAGCCCUCCUGUCUGCCUCCACAUGGCAUCUCAGGCCUCAGCCUGACUGUCCUGCACUGAUGUAGGUAGAAGAGUCUGGACUCAGGGUGUCUUCCACCGUUUAGUAGACUUGCGACCUUGGGGAGUCCCUGAAGCCCCUGGAGGCUUUGAUUCGUCAUCUAAACCAGACAAGAACCUCAGGUCUCUGGUGUUUCUAGGAUUACCUAACAUGCUUGGCACAGUGCCAGCACAAACACUGGGCAAGCUCAGGCUGUCUCUGCCCAGAUAUUUUCAUUCUUCACACUCUGUUUAUUGGUUCCUAAUUCCAACAUAAAUAUCCCUUAAGUUCAUUCACUCCCUGUACUUGCCUCUGCCUUGGCCAUACCUUGAGCUUUUGAGAGAUCCUCAUAUAUUCUGAGAAUAAGCAUCCCCAAAUACCUUUUGUGAGGUCCAUUGUUGCUGGUACCACAAAGCCCAAGUUUUUGGUUUUUUUGUUUUGUUUCUUUUGUUUUCUUACUCAAGUCACACUGGCCAUGUCACAAAGCAGGCUCUCUCUCUUUCUAGAGACCUCCCGCCUCUGUGGGCCUCCCUUCUUAUAUUACUCCUGUGCUUGUGUGCAAGAGGUUCAGAUGCCUGGAAUGACCCCAUUCCUCUGCCCCUCUCCCCACUCUUCCUAUCUGGUCACUUUUGCAAAUGAUGUCAGGCUAUGACUCCUGCACAUCUCCUCUAUAGAGUGGGUCACACACUCUCCCCUCUGUGAGUCUGUGGCAACCAUCACUGACUUCCAUUAGACUAUGCUCAGAGCACACAGCUAAGUGUCCCCGACCCUCUGUGGACACUCAGCUUCGUGCCCCUGGCACCAACACAAAGCCACACAGUAGAGUUAAGAACAUCCAUGAUUGGUGCCUGUAAUCCCAGGAUUCGUAAUUGCAGUACUCAUGAAUCAGAGGCAGGAUGACUGGAGAUGGAGUCUAGUUUGGGCUACAUAGCAUGUUCAAGGCCAGCCUUGGAUGUAGAGACACUGUCUUAAAUUUUAAAAGUGAACUUAAAACAAAACUUAAGUAUUUGCACUGUGCCACUAACCUCUAGGUUUCUUAUUUUGCAAAAUGAAAACUCGAAACCAGUGACAUGAUAACGCACCCCACAUCCCGCCCAUCACAAUCUGCCCUUUUCUCUCUCUCUCUGAAUCUGGCUGUUCUAAGGCCUUCACAUAAAUGGAACCAUCUGAUACUUGUCUGAUGAUUUGAGCCCUUUGCUGGCAGAAAGUGCAGACAUGACCUUGCUUUACCAGUGAGCCUGGCUGUCCUGCCUGACCCAUGAGCUUAGUGACUGGUUCGCUAGUCUGUUUCUAUUUUCUCUUGCAUGAUCUCUUGUAAACAUUUUCCCAUUUCAAAGACAAAAGGAAAAAAUAACCACAAUCAUAACCUAACCUGACUACAGCAUCCAGAAGCCAGUGGCUGCCUCCUCCUAUGGAGGAGAUGGCUCUUUGCCCUGAGGUCAUUCCACAGCUUUGGGAUAGGCAUUAUGUCUCCUUCCAAACUGUGGCUCUCAAACCUCAUGCACAGGAGGAUUUCCUGGAGUUGUAUAUUAAGUGAUCCUGCUGUCAUAUCCUUGUCUUCCCAGAGGCAACUGCAGCAGGCUAGAGGAAAGGUCCCAGGAUCCCUCCAAGAUUUUCCCAAGUGGUCGAGAGCCACCAUGCUAUCGUGAGGCAGUGAUUUUGAUCCUGUCUGGCUCAUGGGGGUCAUCUGAAGAGGUUUCUGAAAUCCCUGGGCCCCUCCUAACCCAUGGCAUUUCUAUGUGAUGUAUCUGGGAUGGGACCUGAGCUACUAGGGUUUCAAGCUCUUCUGGUGUCCUGGAACAUGCUGAAACUGACCUAGAACUCCACUUGGGGACCACUGUCCUGGAUAGUCAUUUGGUUUGUGGCCAUGAUCUGUUGCAUUUUCUGGUUUUUUUUUUUGAGACAGGGUUUCUCUGUGUAGCUUUGGAGGCUGUCCUGGCACUCACUCUGUAGACCAGGCUGGUCUCGAACUCACAAAGAUCCAUCUGCCUCUGCCUCCCGAGUGCUGGGAUUAAAGGUGUGCACCUGCACCACCACCACUGUUGCAUUCUUUUUGUCUCUGGUGGGUGGGUUGCUCUAGAGCCAUCUGAUUCAGGUGUGAAACAUUUUUAAAGUACCACCAGCUUUUAUUCAUCUGAAUAUUUUGAGCAUUGAAAAAGAACACCAUGAAAUAUUUUUCAAGGCAAAGUAACAGACUUCUAGGAUUUAGACUCAGCUUGUCUUAAUUAAAAAACCAUCUACAUUUAGGAUUGGGGUAUAUUUUAUAAUCAGAACUAAGGGGCUAGUAGUUCUGGAGCUUGGGAUCUGUGCAAAAGUCACUCUGUGGUUGGUGCCAGGGUGGAACCCAAACAUCACACCACACCCUGUAGCACAGGAAGUACUUACUUACUUGAUUCAGGCCCAUGCCUCUGCUCACUUACCACAGUUGCUCCAGCAAACUUGGAAGAUGGUACCCUGAAGUCAUGCCUCAGCAAGGAAGGCUACAGCAGGCUCCUUUCUUAUUCUCAUCCUUUUUCUCCGCAUUUGGAAAAGGCCUAGGUAGGAACCAGUUAGUUAGAACUCAGAUAUGCCUCGACAUCUCCCUUUGACCAGAGACAGACUCUGUUGUUCCCUCUGAAGGUGUUCCCAUGGUUACUUAGACAUCCAUACUCAUCCACAAAGUUCACAAAGCCCCAGAGAUCCUGAAAGCUCCAUAAAUGAGAGAAUGGUUGUUAUUUCAUUGAAAUUCACCUCACUUGCCCUCACUACUUCCCAGAAUGGUCCCUCGGUCCCUGGUAGCCAAGACCUGCGCUGAUGGAUGGAGAAUGAGUUCUGAGUCACAGAAAUAGAUGCUGUAAACCAUAUCUCAACAGUUCUUUUGCAAAAGGCAAGCCAUCCACGACAUUUGCUUUGAUCUAGUGAGCACAGGUCUGGUUUCUAACAGAUUAAAGGUAGUGACAGGUUCUGGGUAAAGCAGGAAGUGACUGCCAGCAGCCUGAGAGCAAGGACCAAAUCUACAAGGCUCAGAAGUCAUUAGGUGACAUGAAGCCUCUUGGUCAAGGGGCAAUUACGUGUGCUGUAAUAAGCCCAAGGGCAAGACAGCUUCAGGUUCCUCCAUCCUGGACAUCCAGAGACAGAGACAUGGAAACCCCUGAACAGCGCCAGUCUACUGGGUUUCAAAGGCAGAGAGGCAUCGUACUUUAGGUGUUUGCCCAUCCUUGGAGACCACAUAUAAAAAGGUCUAUGUAGAAAUCUUGGUGCUUAGGACAUCGCUCCUCAGGUUUCUUGAUGUUCCUGUAAGUGAAGCUUUCACUCUCUGAGGUGAGCAAAUCCCUCAUUUAGACUUUCAUCUGACUUGAUAAUUCCCUUUUGCUACCACCCUGCCCUCUUUCAGGGAGAAAGAGACAGAGAGAGAGAGGGGGAGAGGGAGAGAGACAGAGACACAGAGGGGCAGGAGGAGAGAACCUUGCCCCACAGCCAUGAGUACAACCUCUUGCGGAUAUACCUUUCUACUUGUGGCUUCCUUGUUAGACAGCAUGAUCACCUGGAAACCAUCUUGGUAACUCAGGCCUUUGUUUCUCUUUUUCCCCCUCUUCUUUCUUGCACAAGAGAUGGAACCGAGGGCCUCAUAUGCAUGAUGGGUAAACAUUCUCCACUAAGUUACACCCCGGAUACUGUGUGGGUUUCCAGACUUAAGCACAAGACUGCUCUUCUCCACAGCCGAAACUUUUCGCCUCCUAAAUAUGUCUGCCAUCUAUUCUCAUUAACCCUGGAUGUCUCCUGGGAAGAUGCUAAGACAAACCCCAGGUCAUUGGUGAUGGAAGAUGCCUAUUGGAUACCCAUGUUUUCCCCAGGCAGGAGGCUCUGAGGCAGGAGGAGGUGUCAGUGGCCUUUUACAAAAGCCCCUGUGGUGGUGUUCUACCUGCCAUGGAGGGGGGAGGGAAGCCUGAUGAUCUGGUGUCUGAUCCAGGCCUGGCUUUUACCCUUUUACCCUUGCCUAGCAUCUAUGUAGAAGGUGCUUUGGUGUUUACUCCACUGUGAAGAACACUGGAACCAGCCGCCUGAGUGGCCACGAAGGCCACAGGUCUGGACAAAAUGAGUGUGGAGGGAAUGGACAUGGGUCCAGCACUGCCAGCCCUCAAGCUGUGGCCAUGCAGAAGAGGCAUUGGGUCCUAGUGGCAGUUCCUUCCAGCCUCCCCAACGCUAGCCAUCACAUGCCCCUGAUGAUCACUGAGAAAGGUCACUGUGACACAGCCAGUCUUUUCUGGGGCGCCCAUGUUCUGCACACGUGAUUUAAAGAGCUAGCCAUCGCAUGCUCCUGCUGAUCACUGAGCAAGGUCACUGUGACACAGCCAGCCUUUUCUGGGGCGCCCAUGUUCUGCACACGUGAUUUAAAGAUGAGGUAGUGCCUCGGUGAACCUGAGUGACCUUUCUAUAGGAAGCCAUGUACAUGUUAAUUGUCAUAUUGUCUGAACUGCAGAACAGCUAUUUUUUCUUUUAAAAUGGGUGCUCCUUGUGGGUUGCCUGGUAGUUCAUCUGAGAUCAUCAUUGCUACCUCCCUAAAUAAAGCUAGGACUGAUGCUGGGACCUUCAGAGGAACUAUGUAAGCCACUCACUUGCCCUCAGGUACUUGUCAUCGAUACCUGGUGGGUCUUCCCCUGGGAUGAUGACCAUUUCCCAGAGGAAACUUUAUGAGUCUGUCCCUAACAUUUGGUAGCACUGGUUUGUCCUUGAGUGGCUGACACCAAUUCCCUGAUACAGUCUUCUCUCCUUUGCUUUUUUUCAAUCCCAAAGCCACACCACACUGUGUGGUACAGGUGAGCUUCUCCCUUGGAGGAGGCAGCAUUUGCUGGGUUGUGGAGAAGAACUUUAGCCCUGGAGAGAAAUGCUCUGCCAUUUGGAGACUUUCUCUAGCCUGACUGUUUUUAAUUGUUGUGGAAAAUUUGUUCCCACAAACGCUGGCAGCAUGAUUCUAGCUGCAUGUGACUAUCUCUAGGUAGUGAUUCUAAAGUGACGGUUGUGACCAGACCUAAAAUUAUCAUCAGGGUACUUUGUGUCUGUCACUACGUUUGAAGGACCUUCUAUUUCUGCCCAAUAAAACCAGUCCAAUGGUC